AGGGCAAAUUGAUUAUGAUGCGCUCGACAUCGAAAUUUUUUGUUCGGUACAAGAUCUAGUCCGUGGUCCCCCAAUUUUACCGAGUUUGAUUCCGUUGGAGUUGCAAAAUUUCAAAAUAAACAUGAUGAAGGUCAUCCAGAACCUCACUAGUGCCCCACUCUCUCCACCAAAUUUAGCUUUUGUGGUCAAUGUACAAAACACUGAGUCUCAUGAAAAGGAAUUAAAGGAUGACUCAAGCGCCGAAUCACAUGUUGGGGAUGUUAUGGACAAUAGGCCUAAACUCAUGAAUGAAGAGGACAAGAGGUCCAACGCCGUUGAAAAUAAUAAAGGUGAUAUUUCAUCAAAUAUUGUUAAUGCGGACACCUUAGAUCGUCCAUCAUGUGAAUGUUAUGCUCCGAUCAAUGCCUUAACUUGUAUGGUCAUUGAUGAGCUUGCCCUUCUAGAAAGUGUCAACAAGGUGGCAGAUGAAGAUAUUAAGCAAGCGGACAACCCCAUUUCAUUUGACACCAUUAAGUUGUUUGACAUUGUUGAUGUGGUCAUGACAAAGCACCAAGUUUCACCUAGAGAACCUACAUGUGGUAUUGGCUCUAUCUCGCAUGUCCCUCAAUUUGAUCCAAGAUCCAAGAUACUAGAAGAUUCAAAUAGUGGACUGCUCCUCUGGCUCGGCAUUCUUUCUAUAGUCUUAAAGCAUGAGUGGGAGCCUCCACCUUGAGGACAAAGUGGUUUUUAAGGGGGUGUGAAUGAU